GAUUAGUCUCCAAGUAAGUAUUGCGAAACAAGAAACACUGUUCGGAUGGUCGUACACCCUGUUUAUGUUAUCUAUAAAAAGUAAUGUGUGAGUUUAUUUAUGUCAUUGAUUAAAGGCGCCUAGAACCACGUCUGACGUUUUGUGUCGAGCCGUGGAGUGGUAAGGGUCAUUUAGUUACCUUCUAGAUUUAUAUAUAUAGUGAUGUUAACUCAAUGAUGUAUAUGGUAGGAAUGUUAACUCAAUGAUAUACAUAGGUAGGGAUGUUUACUCAAUGGUGUAUAUAGGAAGGUGUGUUUACUCAAUGGUGUAUAUAGGAAGGUGUGUUUACUCAAUGAUGUAUAUGAGUAGGGAUGUUUACUCAAUGGUGUAUAUAGGUAGGGAUGUUUACUCAAUGGUGUAUUAGGUAGGGAUGUUUACUCAAUGGUGUAUAUAGGUAGGGAUGUUUACUCAAUGGUGUCUAUAGGAAGGUGUGUUUACUCAAUGCUGUAUAUAGGUAGGGAUGUUUACUCAAUGGUGUAUAUAGGAAGGUGUGUUUACUCAAUGAUGUAUAUGAGUAGGGAUGUUUACUCAAUGGUGUAUAUAGGUAGGGAUGUUUACUCAAUGGUGUAUAUAGGUAGGGAUGUUUACUCAAUGGUGUAUAUAGGUAGGGAUGUUUACUCAAUGGUGUAUAUAGGUAGGGAUGUUUACUCAAUGGUGUAUAUAGGAAGGGAUGUUUACUCAAUGGUGUAUAUAGGAAGGGAUGUUUACUCAAUGGUGUAUAUAGGUAGGGAUGUUUACUCAAUGGUGUAUAUAGGAAGGGAUGUUUACUCAAUGGUGUAUAUAGGAAGGGAUGUUUACUCAAUGAUGUAUAUAGGUAGGGAUGUUUACUCAAUGGUGUAUAUAGGAAGGGAUGUUUACUCAAUGGUGUAUUAGGAAGGGAUGUUUACUCAAUGGUGUAUAUAGGUAGGGAUGAUUACUCAGUGAUAUAUAGAAGUAGGGAUGAUAACUCAUUUGUUUAUAUAGGAAGGGAUGUUUAAUCAAUGAUGUAUAUAGGUAUUGAUAUCUGUUUUAUUCAUGAUUCUUUAGUUUAUUUUUGUUAGGUUCAUAAAAAAAACGGUCCGUAACUGCAAUACUAUUCUAAAAAUAUCCCAUUCCUUCAUUAAUUCCCAUGACAGUGAUAUUUUAGUUACAAAACUUAAUGACACUAAGUCAUGAAUGUGACAUAUCAGGUUACCAAACCUAUUGACCUUAAGUCAUGACUGUGACAUAUCAGGUUACAAAACCUAAAGACCCUAAGUCAUGACUGUGACAUAUCAGGUUACUAAACCUCAAGACCUGUGAAAUAUCAAGUAGCAAAACCUGAUGACACUAAGUCGUGACUAACAAAAGCUAAUGACUCUAUACGUUUUUUUAAUGUUUUAAAAAGUGUGUUCUUCUUAUAUUUGAGGUGCCCACGAUCAAUUUGUUGAUCAUUCUGGCUCCUGGUUUCAAUUCAGAGUUUGCCUUCUCUUACAUGGGUUGCCGUCCAAAACUAACGAGUCCCAUCUACCCGGGGUGCUUGGGAUGAUUUGCUUUGGUGGGGAUUGAGCUCCAGACCACCAGCUGUUUGGUUUGAGACCGUUUAGACCGCUCGGCCACCCAGCACCCCGCUUGGCCAUUGUUCUUAAUGUUUGAAGAAGUGUGUUGUCAAUGUUUCAAGAUCUAUGUUGUCAAUGUAUCAAAAUGUGCAUAAUUAGAAAGCGCCAUUUAUUAUCCUAAACGCAAAUUUCUGCCCCCCCCUCCCCACACACAACCCUAUAACCACUCACCCCCUCCCAUUCUACACACACAAUGUCUUCCGGAAGUGGAAGACAUCUUGUAUAGCCGACCCAAAAAUUGAUGGAAGAUGCACUGCAUGAAACAACAGUAAAAAUUAAUUAGCCAAUAAACAGAACUCCUGUGACGCAUUAUGAUUGACACACAUUUCUUUCGAUUAUAUUAAUCAUAAUGAUAAAUGACAUAUUUUUUUCUCUUUAAUUUUUUAUGUUUAUUUAUUACAAGAUUCCCGCACGCACGCAAUGACUUUCCUGGAACAACAAAUCAGUGUUACUGAGCCGGUGUCACUUGCACCCAUGUACAAACUAGCUAUGUUAUUGGACAAAUGAUUGGCUCAAUGGCAUGAUUUUUAAAAAAAUCUGUGAUAAGAAGAAUAUUUAAUCUCUGAUAUCGUUUUAAUGACAAAUGUCAAAUCUUUGACCUAGAAAAAUUAUCUCCGUCCGUGUAGGCAACACAUAUCCAAUUACUUUUUGUUGGUGUCUUUUCGGUAUCACCACCUCCUGCUGGUGUUUUUGUGAACCUUGAGAUGGGUGUUAUCUGGAACACAAAAACUGUGUGAACCUGGAGAUGGAGAUGGCACUAAAACUGUGUUAAUCUGGAGAUGGGUGUUAUCUGGGACACUAAAACUGUGUGAACCUGGAGAUGGGUGUUAUUUGGGACGCUAAAACUGUGUGAACCUGGAGAUGGGUGUUAUCUGGGACACUAAAACUGUGUGAACCUGGAGAUGGGUGUUAUUUGGGACGCUAAAACUGUGUGAACCUGGAGAUGGGUGUUAUUUGGGACGCUAAAACUGUGUGAACCUGGAGAUGGGUGUUAUCUGGGACACUAAAAUGAGAAGACUGUUUUUUGAAUGAAAGAUAUUGAUUUGAACUUACCGACCCCAGAUAGCAAUGUCUACUUCUGAUAAAGCAUAACUUUGUGGAUUAAAAAAAACUUAGAUAACUUGACCUUUGACUUUGAUUGAUAUUAGAUAACUUGACCUUUGACUUUGAUUGACAUUAGAUAACUUGACCUUUGACUUUGAUUGACAUUAGAUAACUUGACCUUUGACUUUGAUUGACAUUAGAUAACUUGACCUUUGACAUUUCAGUACUUUCGUAGUUGUGGAAAACUAAAUUAAUCUAACAAUCGUAAGAAAAAAGGAAGAAGCAAUUAAAGCAAUGUUUAAAAAAUAGUCUUAAUGCUCUGUAUAUUUUAAGGUUCAAACUGACAUUUUUGUUUAACGUUUUCUGAGAAUUUGUGUCAACAAAAUUUUCUAUAUUUUUCGAUACAUUUUCCAUAUUUUUUCCAUAAUUGGUACAUAGAUAUUCAUUAUAGAUUUAAAUGAAAUGGACAUUUCAAUAUAACUUAAUUUGAAAUAAAAAUUCAUUUGAACCGCUAAAACAUGAAUACGGAGGCUACUUCCCAGCCACAUCUUCACAUCUUCAGGGGAACUUCCUUUCUGUCAAAUUAAACACCCAAAGUUAACGAACUAUUUCUUCCCCAUUCUUUCAGGAUUCCACAGAACGGGGGCCUCCAGCUUUUAACGUCAUUAUUGUCAUUACGGAUGUGAGGGUUUCAUGAGAUAGGAAUCAUACGAUGGUGGAGUUUUAGCAUCGGAAAUUCUUUAAAAUGGCUGACUUUCAAUGAAUCUUUUUAGUUUAAUCAUUGGUAUUUUAAUCAGAAUAUGUAUCAAUUUGGUGAACAUGAGUGAACAUGCACAAUUUCAUAACAAUAAAUAAAAAAAAACAUUUAUUUGGAUCAAUGCAAUAAUCGUACCUUUAUAUCCUAUCUUAUAAUCAAUGGCUGGCAUAACGCAGAAUAAAACACUAAAAUGCCUUUUACAUUAUUCAGUUAAUAGACCUCAAUUAUAUCGUCACAAAACAGCUGGACCUUGUCUUGGAAACUUCCGUGGGCAAUUUCUGACAAUGAUCUUUAAGUGGAAUUCUCUGAUGACCAUGUCACAGGCCUUGGUAAAGUUGACAAUAUUGGUGAAUGAUCUGAAAUUCUGCUUCUAAACACCAUGUUCCAGACAAGAUUGGUGAAUGAUCGGACACUUUGCUUCUAAACGCCAAGUCAAUUGAUCCACCUUAUUUACGGACUUCACUGCUGUCUGGAACUAUUCACCAUUUUGCGCGUUUAAAUGGCUUUGCAGGAUGAUUGGCGUAUGUUGCCUGCAAUCUUACGCAGUGCGUUGUCCUAAGACCGGUGGUUACAUCUGGUCUUGUAGUGUUUAACAAAAGAGCUACCGUUCAAAUCCAGUGCCAAGUACCUUGCUGGUACAUAAGGAAUAAUAUUGUUUUGGAAUCCUCUCAGCUAUAUCGCUUGCAGAUUCAAACACAAAUUUAACUUUCCAAUAAGUCAACAAUUACCUCGCGUUAAAAAGGAUUUUUACAAAACACUAACAGUAUAGUUAGCAUAGAGUUCUUUACCAGCAAUUACCUUUAAUGUGAUAAAAUUUACAGAUCUUUCUAGCACAAUCAAGAUGGCACUUCCUGGAGGAGUUGGCGUACCGGCACUCGUAGGACUAAUUCUAAUCGGAGUCGGCACCCUUCUACACACUGUGGGAUUAACGACACCUGCGUGGUCCGUUAUAAAAUCAUCUUUUAAGACUAGUGGGUCGUACGGGCUGUGGAAAUAUUGCGAGUUAGGCUCAUGUUUUGAUUACCCAUUCGGAACUGCGGUAGGUAAGUCACCAUUUGUUUUCAAAGAAUGUGGAAAUUAGAAUCCGCAAUCACAAAUAAUGAAUCUCUAGGUAUGUAUGUCAAUGUAUGAAUGUGACGCUGUGUUCAUUAGGGGCGCAGAAAUUGAGCGCUAAGUUCAUGCGCUGCCGCCACCAUUAUUUGGCGGAUUUUUCUAGCAAUUAUAUAAUGGUCUACGAAAUAUUCUUUCACAUGUCGUGAGACUGAUGUCUAAUAAAACUACAAAUAUUCUUUCAUAUGUCGUGAGACUGAUGUCAAACAAAACUACAAAUAUUCUUUCAUAUGUCGUGAGACUGAUGUGUAAUACAACUACAAAUAUCCUUUCAUAUGUCGUGAGACUGAUGUCUAACAAAACUACAAAUAUUCUUUCAUAUGUCGUGAGACUGAUGUCAAACAAAACUACAAAUAUUCUUUCAUAUGUCGUGAGACUGAUGUCUAAUACAACUACAAAUAUCCUUUCAUAUGUCGUGAGACUGAUGUCAAACAAAACUACAAAUAUUAUUUCAUCUUUCAGUAAUUUUAGUAUCUUGUAUAUCCACCCCACCAAAUAAUGUCAGUGAGCAGUAACAUGGGUACAGCACUAUAUAAGUACAAUAUAUAGAGAAACAAAAAUAAAAUAUAUAGGUAAAAGAAUAUAUAAGAACAACAAUAUAUUGAUACAAAAAUAUAGACUUCAUUUUAAUCUCAUAAUGUUGCCGCGGUUAAAAACCAAAAUCUUCACUAUCCACUGUCCUCAUUGAGCUAAGAUUCUGUAUUUAAAACCUUUUACGCUUAGGAAGCAUGAUGUACGUGUAAAUGGAAGACCGUACCACAAGGGUAGAGAAAUGGUGCAUGUGUUACUUCUUCUUGAAACACGAUGACCAGUAGACACGUGUGCAUCUAGAAGUCAUAUAGAAACAUUUUUCACUUUUCAAAGUCAUUAAUCACCCAAGUUUUCUGGAGAUAAAGUUUUGUUCUUAUUUGAGUUUUUUUUUACAAAUUAUAACCGACCAAUACUAAGGGAACCUCGAUAUGAAAUGGUCCAAAACCUACAAUGCAAAUACGAGAUUUGAAGUUUGCGCUGUACGUAAAUACAAAAAAAUUAGAAAAGAGCAUCAACUCAGCUGACGAGAUCAGUCAUCAAAACAGCUGACAAGAUCAGUCAUCAAGAAAGCUGACAAGAUCAGUCAUGAAGAAAGAUGACAAGAUCAGUCAACAAGACAGCUGACAAGAUCAGUCAACCAAGACAGCUGACAAGAUCAGUCAUGAAGAUAGCUGACAAGAUCAGUCAUGAAGAAAGGUGACAGGAUCAGUCACCAAGACAGCUGACAAGAUCAGUCAUGAAGAAAGAUGACAAGAUCAGUCAUGAAAAAAGCUGACAAGCUCAGUCAUGAAGAAAGGUGACAGGAUCAGUCACCAAGACAGCUGACAAGAUCAGUCACCAAGACAGCUGACAAGAUCAGUCAUGAAGAAAGCUGACAAGAUCAGUCAUGAAGAAAGAUGACAAGAUCAGUCAUGAAUAAAGAUAAGAUCAGUCACCAAGACAUCUGACAAGAUCAGUCACCAAGUCAGCUGAAAAGAACAGCCUUGAAGAAAGCUGACAAUAUCAGUUAUCAAGACAGCUGACAAGAUCAGUCAUGAAGAUAGCUGUGACAAGAUCAGUCAUCAAGACAGCUGACAAGAUCAAUCAUGAAGAUAGAUGUGACAUGAUCAGUCUUCAUGACAGCUGUGACAAGAUCAUUCAUCAUGAAAGCUGUGACAAGAUCAUUCAUCAUGACAGCUGUGACAAGAUCAGUCAUGAAGAUAGCUGUGACAAUAUCAGUCAUCAUGAUAGCUGUGACAAGAACAGUCAUCAUGAUAGCUGAGACAAGAUCAGUCAUCAUGAUAGAUGUGACAAUAUCAUUCAUCGUGAUAGUUGUGACAAGAACAGUCAUCAUGAUAGCUGUGACAAGAUCAUUCAUCAUGAUAGCUGUGACAAAAUCAGUCAUGAAGAUAGCUGUGACAAGAUAAGUCAUGAAGAUAGAUGUGACAAGAUCAGUGAUCAUGAUAGCUGUGACAAGAUCAGUCAUCAUGAUAGCUGUGGCAAGAUCUGUCAUGAAGAUAGCUGUGACAAGAUCAGUCAUCAUGAUAGACUGACAAGAUCAGUCAUAAAGAUAGCUUUGACAAGAUCAGUCAUCAUGAUAGACUGACAAGAUCAGUCAUGAAGAUAGCUUUGACAAGAUCAGUCAUCACUACAACCAGAACCGUCACGUGGGUCCUCAAAACAUGUGUGGGUCCUCAAAACAUGUGUGGGUCCUCGAAACAUGUGGGGGCAUGGGGUCUCUCAUAUUUAAGUGGCCAAUAAUUGUCAUGUGGCAAUACAUUUUAACUUUCAAACUUGAAGCCCAAAAUUGUCAGGUGACUUUAAAAAAUACACGUGACUGCCUUGUCACAACUGACAUUAUCAAGACUCUUCAUGUAACAUGUUAUAGAAGUUUGAAACUAAAACGUGAUAACAUUUUCUGUUAAAUUUUAAACUAAUUAGAAUAAAAUCUGUAAACAGAAUACCAUCAUCACUAGCAAAUUGCAGCAUACUUUUCUAAGAGACAUUUUGGACAAAACCAUAGAUUUGACACAUAAAACUUUUCUAUCAACAGCUGAUGUCUUUGAAGACUGCAUCAAAACAUGUGAGGCCUUCGCCAUUUUAGGCAUGUUGGCCAGUGUCCUUGGUCUAGCCACGGCCGCCAUAUCUGUUGUGUUACGUGUGAGAGGCAAACCCAACAAUCCCCUGUUUGGUGCAAUCUCAUUUGCUGGUUGCAUAGCGUCAUGUAAGUUUAUGAAUAACGUCCAUAGCUUCCGUCAGUGGUUCACUUAUCAAUCUUGUUAAUAAUAUGUACACAUGUAGUUGCGAAGCUAACUCAAUAAAGGCAAAGUGAACAAAAAAAGUAUAGCAACUACUUACUUGAUCUUUUAUACUAUAACGAAUCAUGGAUCUGUAAGGUUUGACCUUUUCAUUUCAGUUGUUUUCAUCAUGAUAUGUAUCAGUGUUUGGAGCGCCAAGGUCAACAGUGAAUUCGUAUCAUUGAUAUUUGACAUCGGAUACUCCUUUAUCCUGAGCACCAUAGGCGGCAUCUUUAUAUGUGUGGGCGGUGUGACAUUUCGUCCGGCAUAUAGUAGCAAUUCUUAAUUUUAUAUACAACAAACACACUUACACACAUGCAGUUGAAGGCAAAGAUCAGAUGCUUGUACAUUACAUAAUCAAAGCAAACUAAACACACACAAAAACACAAGCUUACAAUACACAAACACACUAACAAACAAACACAAACACACAAAUAUACGAACAAACAAACACAAUCAUGGAGCGAGAUUAAAAUAAACCGACCCUUUAAAAAUUAUAAUAUAGCUUACAUCUGACAGAUAUUGAACUGCCUAAGCUUUAUCGCAUUCCAACCAUACCUAUAAUGACUUUAUAUUACAUACACAAGCAGACACAAACACUUGGGAGAUAUUCUAAAAUGACAUAAACUCGACCCAAAUGACCACGAAUAUUUUUAUAUAUUUAUAUUUUGUUUUACAUGGUUGAAAUGUUUACAUUAAUUUAUUCUACUGAACAUCACUAUUAAACUGUUCAAUAAAACCAUUUACCAUUG